AUGGCCUACAGAAGACCCUCGGCUACAGAGCAAAAUGCCUCCAUCAGAGAACGUUCCCUGUCUGUGGCCCACCAAGUCGCGGAACAGCAGGGCUGGCUUGAAAGAAAGCUGAAGCCUAAGAAAAUCACCGCCAGGUACCCCUUCAAGGGGGCGCCGUUGCUCUAUGCCACGUGUGGCUUCGGCAGCUUGGGCGACGCCCUUUUUGGGUAUAACUCCGGUAUCAUGUCCGGCUUGCUGGUUAAUCCAGUAUUUGUAUCCCGCUUUUUUGUGGACUAUGGGGGAGCGGACGGCAGAGCAUCGUCCGUCAAUCCGUCCAUCACUGGGAUAUCUGUCGCGUGCUUGCAGGCAUCCGCAGCUGUGGGAGCGCUCGUGGCGGGAAGACUCGGCGACAUGAUUGGGCGAAAGAGGUGUGUCCGUCUCGGCGGGUUCAUCUACUUCUUCAGUGCUUUCAUCCAGAUAUUCGCUCCCGAUUUCGCAACCUUCGUUACCGGUCGCACCAUCCAAGGUUUCGGUGUCGGUUUCCUCUCUAUGACAGUCCCCAUCAUCCAAACUGAAAUUGCCAAGCCCCACAGAAGAGGAUUGAUGGUCGGCAUUGAGUACACCUGUCUGAUUGGUGGUUAUAUGCUGUCAUGCUGGGUGGAUUAUGGCUUCAACUUUUUGCUUCCCGACAAGAUGUCCUGGCAGGGGCCAUUUAUCGUCCAGAUCAUCCUUUCCUUCAUCUUAUUGGCCAUGUCCUUCUUCCUCCCGGAGACCCCUCGAUGGCUAGCAAAGAACGGGUUUAUGGACGAAAGUCUUCAAACAGUUGCAGACCUGCACUCCAAGGGCGAUGUCAAUGCGGAGCAUGUUCAGCAGGUCUUCCUAGAGAUCCAACAGGCAGUCAUCUACGAAACAACUCUAGGAAAGUCUGGUUGGGGGGAAAUGUUUACCCGAUAUCGCAAGCGUACUAUUGUCGGCAUUACUGUGCAGAUGUUCGCUCAGCUCAACGGAAUCAAUAUCAUCUCCUUCUACCUUCCAACCACACUAUCCGCAGCUGGAUUUGACGAUCGUAAAUCACUUCUCUAUACUGGCGCAAACGCCAUUCCUUAUACCGCCGCGACUGUCGUCACAUGGUAUUUAGCCGACGCCUGGGGUAGGAAGCCUUUGCUGAUCCUUGGAGGCAUUGCAAUGGCCGUGUUACUGAGCAUCGUCUGCGCCUUUAUCGAAGCCGACUUGUCAAUCACCACCAGAGCCAAUGGCCAAUACGCCUUUGUGAUGCUGUAUAACAUCGUCUACGGCUUCACCUGGGGUCCUAUGCCAUGGCUUCUACCGGCCGAGAUUUUUCCCCUCCGCGGCCGCAGCAAGGGCAUGGCACUCGCCACCACCAGUAACUGGAUCUUCAACUUCAUCAUCGGUAUGGUCGCCCCGGACGCUUUUGCCGGAAUCAACGGCUAUUUCUACCUCAUCAUCGCCGGCUUCUGCCUCUUCUCCGCCGGGCUGGCACACUUCUACUACGUCGAAACGGCCAAUUGUACCCUCGAGGAGAUCGCGACCGCAUUUGGCGAUCGCGCCUUUGCGGACAGUGAAGAGAAUAUCAUGGGAGUUGUCAAUCCGGAGGAUGAGAAGAGGAAGAGCGCCGUUCAGUGA